CGCAAAAUGAUGUCAAAUUCCGCCGCCGCAGCAGCUGGCGCCUCCCGCAAGUCGUUGGCCGCUCGUGCCUGCGCCUGGUUGAGUAGACGGUUUGCCCUCGCCCUCCAGGCGCAGGCCGAGCUCAAAUGCGAGGAGGCCACGAUGGAUGUUGAUGAGGAGACAGACUUCGUCUUCGUUGAGAACAGCAGGUGAGCCGAGAAAGGCCACAAAUGAGGCGACAAUACCUCGAGCUCUUGUUCGUAUUCGUGUGGGUCUUCUUGUCUUCAGCAAUCCUCGGUCCACCGGAACCCCGCCCGACUCGGCCCCUGUCUCCUCGCCGCCCUCCCCGCCCUCCCCAUCCCCGCACUCUCCCUCCCCGCCCUCUCCCUGCCCCAUCUCGCCGAGCCAUCCAUGCCCUCCCCCUGCCCUCACUCCGGCCGCCAUCGGGCCGGCACUUGGGCGCCCCAUCAGCACCAACAUUGCCUGGGUGACUUUUCAUGAGGCGGUGGUGCUGACUGACGCGGGGGAGCACAGGGAGGAGCUGGCUCUGAAAACGCCCCGACCCAACCCGGAGGCCGAGUACAGUGUGGCCCAUGAAGGGUUUAUGCUGCAUAGCCAGAUGAUGGCCUGGCAGCACCACAAGGGGCUACAGGCAAGGCUGAAGGAGACGCUUGAGACGGAGGCGAGGUUGGAGAGGAUGUGCCAGCGUGCGGCCCUUGGAGGGCACGACACUGAGGAUGAGUGGUUUUUACUGAUGUAAAUUGUGAGCCGGUAAGAAAGAAAUAUGACAACCCAAUUGUGACAUCAGUGACGGCUGAUGCUCUGAGACUGUCGUGGGCAUUAGGGGAUAUGACGCGUGGCGAUACAUGUUCUACACGGUUGUGGCCAGGACAGCGCCUCUUGUGGGCCAGGGCAGCCUCGGUCUUCAUGCGGCCAUGGAGCUCCUCCGCACAAACGCCUUAUUCCGCGUCAUGAAUGAGGAUUUCUUUCAUGCCGUCAUGACGCGCCUCACCAGCGAGCUACGUAAGGCACUCAAGGCGGCUAUCCGGUGGCCUUUCUGUUGCUGGCAUGUGCGGACCUGGUGUUCAAUCUGUCCAAGAUGCUGGGCAAGGGAGCCAGUCUGAGGAAGAGGAUGGUCAAGGGUUUGAGGGAGAUGGCCGAGCUGGUUGGCGAGUCGGUGCCAUUGCUGUCUCAUCUGGGGCUACGGGCGGCUGCGUAUCGCACCUGAGAAGCUCUUCCAGGCCACG